CAAAUUUCCGACUGAUUUUAUUACAUCAUGGUGGAGGUUCAAACUCUCGUUCAGCCUGAUAUCCAAUAUCACCCCGACUUCGCGAAGUAUACGGCACGCAGUCAGCGGCGCGUCGAGGCGGAGCCCUUGCCAAAGACACUUCCUGCGGGAUUCCCUGCGCAGCUGAACUCUCCCCUGGUCUGGGAGGGAGAGGAUAUUGAAAAGCGUGAUGAUUGGUUCUACCGGUUGAAUGAUGCUCAACUUGAUGAGAUUGAUCAGGGGUUGAAGGAGUUCAAAUCAAAAAACCUACCUCUGGGAGCAAUCGACCAGUCUACAUUUCCCCUACCAACUCUCCAUCCCAUCCUCCGUGAUCUGUCCCGCGAAGUCCACCUUGGACGCGGAUUCUUUGUACUGCGCGGUCUGCGCAUCGACAAUUACUCGCGAGAGGACAACAUCAUCAUCUACGGCGGCGUAUCCUCCCACAUCGGCAACAUUCGCGGCCGCCAGGAGGACAACCGAUCAAAGGGCACUCCUUCGCGAGUCCUAGCCCACAUCAAGGAUGUCUCGCGGACAGUCGACCCGGAGACGAUCGGCGCGCCCUCCAAGACCAACGACAAACAAGUGUUCCACACUGACUCGGGAGAUAUUAUCUCUCUGCUCUGUCUCCAGGAGGCUGCAGAGGGAGGAGAGAGUAAGCUUGCCAGCAGCUGGCAUGUCUACAACAUUCUCGCCAAGGAGAGGCCGGAUCUAAUCCAUACACUCACACAAGAGUGGCCAUUUGACGGCUUCUCCAAUCCCAACCUCCCCUACUUCACCCGCCCUCUGCUCUACCAUCAACCCGCGACAUCCACCACCCCCGAACGUGUCCUGAUCCAGUACGCCCGGCGCUACUUCACGGGUUUCAUGGCGCAGCCCCGAUCCACCGACAUUCCACCCAUCACCGAAGCACAGGCCGAGGCUCUCGACGCGCUGCACUUUCUGGCGGAGAAACACAGCGCAUCGCUCGGUUUUAAGAAGGGUGAUAUUCAGUACGCCAAUAAUCUUAGUAUCUUCCAUGCCCGGAAUGGCUUCCAGGAUGGACCAGGGAAAGAACGCCAUCUGGUUCGCCUCUGGCUUCGGGAUCCCGAGAAUGCGUGGGAAACCCCGGAGCCGUUGAAGAGUCGCUGGCAAAGUCUUUACAAGGAUGUUACGCCGGAUGAUCAGGAGUUUCCUCUUGAGCCAAUUAAGCUUUAGAUUGAGAAGAAGGUAAAUUGAUGGCAUGAAUUGAUGUUGUUUCUACAUACAUAAAGUUGCGC